AUGCGUGAAGUUAUUUCGAUACAUGUUGGUCAAGCAGGCAUACAAGUUGGUAAUGCUUGCUGGGAGUUGUUUUGUCUUGAGCAUGGUAUCAAUCCUGAUGGUACAAUGCCUGCAUCUGAGCAGAAUAUGGGGAUUUCUGACGAUGCCUUCAAUACUUUCUUUAGCGAAACUGGUGCUGGGAAACAUGUACCAAGAGCAGUAUUUGUUGAUCUAGAACCUACUGUGGUUGAUGAAAUUCGCAGUGGAACUUACCGUCAACUAUUUCAUCCUGAACAACUUAUAAGUGGGAAAGAAGAUGCGGCCAAUAACUUUGCACGUGGUCACUAUACUGUAGGAAAAGAGAUUCUAGAACUUUGUUUAGAUAGAAUCCGUAAAUUAGCUGAUAAUUGUACAGGGCUUCAAGGUUUUUUGAUGUUUAAUGCUGUCGGAGGUGGAACAGGAGCAGGUUUGGGGACACUACUUCUUGAGAGGUUGUCAGUGGAUUAUGGUAAAAAGUCUAAACUGAACUUCUGUACAUGGCCUUCACCACAACUGAGUACAGCUGUGGUUGAACCAUAUAAUGCUGUUCUUUCAACUCACUCACUUCUUGAACAUGCUGAUGUUGCUGUUAUGCUGGAUAAUGAGGCGAUCUAUGACAUAUGCAAAAGGAAUUUAAAUAUUGAACAACCUACGUACACGAAUUUAAAUCGACUAAUUGCACAAGUAAUAUCAUCUUUAACUGCCUCACUGCGUUUUGAUGGUGCAUUAAAUGUGGAUAUAACUGAGUUUCAGACAAAUUUGGUACCUUAUCCUAGAAUCCACUUUAUGCUUUCUUCUUAUGCUCCCAUCAUUUCUGCGGAGAAGGCAUUUCAUGAGCAACUAAGUGUUGCUGAGAUCACAAAUGCAGUGUUUGAACCCCAGAACCAGAUGGCGAAGUGUGAUCCGAGACAUGGGAAGUACAUGGCCUGUUGUUUAAUGUAUCGUGGUGAUGUAGUGCCAAAGGAUACUAAUGCUGCUGUUGCUACAAUAAAAACAAAGAGAACGAUUCAAUUUGUUGAUUGGUGCCCAACAGGUUUUAAGUGUGGAAUAAAUUAUCAACCUCCAACAGUAGUUCCAGGUGGGGACUUAGCUAAAGUUAUGCGUGCCUGUUGUAUGAUAUCUAAUUCUACUGCAAUCGCUGAGGUUUUUAAUAGAAUGGAUCAUAAAUUUGACUUGAUGUAUUCAAAGAGAGCAUUUGUUCAUUGGUAUGUUGGUGAAGGUAUGGAGGAAGGUGAAUUUAGUGAGGCCAGGGAGGAUCUAGCUGCACUAGAGAAGGACUAUGAAGAAGUGGGCAUUGAGAUUGCCGAUGGUGAUGACGAAGAAGGACAUUAUGAUGCUGAUUUUUGA